GCUGCUAGAAGAACACAGAUAUUUGCUUUGUCUUUUAGUUUUCACCAGUAAUUUUGUAAAAUUUAUUUAAUAAAUAAAAUAAGUGAAAUAUGACUGCCGUACCACCACCUUCAAAUGUGUCAACUUUAUUACCACUUGAACUUGUGGACAAAUGUAUUGGAUCUCGGAUUCACAUUAUAAUGAAGAACGAUAAAGAGAUGGUGGGUACGUUAUUGGGAUUCGAUGAUUUCGUAAAUAUGUUAUUGGAUGAUGUGACGGAAUACGAAAACACGCCAGAAGGAAGGCGUAUCACUAAACUCGACCAAAUUCUGCUCAAUGGCAACAACAUAACAAUGUUAGUUCCCGGCGGGGAUAUACCGGAAUGAAAUAACGAGUGGUGGAAAAUUUACAAAUAUAUUUUAGAGUUUUAACUUUAGUAUUAAGGACUAUUGAAUACAACUCAAAGUUAUACAA